AAGAUGUGCACACGCGUCUGUUCUGGGAAUUGUCUCCACGAAACUGUAGAGGAUUCAGAGUUCAUCAGCGCAGGCACCACUUUAAUUACGUGCCUCAUUGCUAUUGACCAUUGACCAUAUCAACCCGAUCCUUCUGUUUCCGGCCUUGAUAAAGAGCCCCUCGAAUCACCAGAGAGCACUCCAACAUUCAGAACCACGAUCGUUAGCAGAGCAAAGACACUAGUGCAGGAGAUGGCGGGAGACGGCGAGCUCAAGCUGCUGGGGAUGUGGGCGAGCCCGUAUGUCACAAGAGCGAAGCUCGCGCUGCAGAUCAAGGGCCAGAGCUACGAGUACGUCGAGGAGGAUCUUGGCAACAAGAGCGAGCUCCUCCUCAGCUCCAACCCCGUGCACAAGGCGGUGCCCGUGCUGAUCCAUGACGGCAAGCCGGUCUGCGAGUCGUCGGUCGUCGUCCAGUACAUCGACGAGGCCUUCGCCGGCGCCGGCCCAUCCCUCCUCCCCGCCGACCCCUACGAGCGCGCCGUCGCUCGCUUCUGGGCGGCCUACCUUGAAGACAAGUUGGUGGCGCCAUGGAUGCGGCUGUUCAGGGUCAAGACCGACGAGGAGAUGGCCGAGGUGAUGAGGCAGAUGAUCGCGGCGGCGGACGCGCUGGAGGGAGGCUUGAAGCAGUGCUCGGAGGGGAAGGGCCCCUUCUUCGGCGGCGAGAGCGUCGGGUACGUGGACGUCCUCCUGGGUGGCAUGAUCUCGUGGGUGAAGGCGACGGAGGUGUUCACCGGUGCCAAGAUCAUUGAUGCCGCCAAGAUGCCGCUGCUGGCCGCGUGGAUGGAGCGCUUCUGCGAGCUCGACGCGGCCAGGGCGGUCCUGCAGGACGUCGGCGCGUUGGUCGAGACCGAGUACGCCAGGGCGGUGCAGGCACGGUUUGCCGCCGCAGCUCCAAACAAUUAGUAGUGGAACACUGGGAUCCGGCAUGGCGACGUGACUCCAAACAAUUAGUAGUCGGACAUACUCCUACGAGUCUGUUUAUGGGGAUUUGAUCGAGAUUAUUCGAUGCGGCCGGUGGUUGUCUGUGCAUCUGUAAUAACGUAGGGAAUCUAGGGAUGCAAGUGGUUAGCAAAUAGUAAUUCAGUGUCACUAUCUCAGUUUGUUUCUAUCUUGUUACUUUACUUUGAGAUUCAUAUUUAAUAAAAUAGGUUUUGCGUUUGAUUGAGUGACCCAGAGAUGAAUAAAAUUCGCAUCUUUGUGUUC